GUAGAUAGAAGGAACGGUUUAUUAUUUUUUUUAAAGCAAAAAUCCACGUAAUUAAGAGCUUAUGCAGUAGGAAUAUUUGACUGCUGACCCGAAUCAAAUUGAUUGUGUGCUUCUCUCAAGUUGUCAUAUUUUUGGAGCUUGCGAUGGGUUGAAAAUUCGGAAAUAGUUGCUCCGAAAAGUGUCAAACCUCUAGGAAGAGAAAGACAGAGAAGAAAGGAAAUAUGUGCCAGACGAGGAGAGAUAAAUAGUGACAGGAAAAGGUGGAGUGAAAGUCAAAAAGUUGAUUUUCGUCAAAAGAGGGAUUUAAAAUCAUUCCGACAGUGUUGUACAUUGGUGUCCUCGUUCUUUUUUUGAACGAUGAAAGUCGAAGAACCUGUGCAACAAGGGAUGUUGCUUUUUCCACCACAAGGAAUGUUAGGCCAGCUCAAGAAAAGUUGGCACAAAAGGUUUUGCCAACUAUUUAAAGCUAGUAGUUAUGGAAUCGACAGACUGGAAGUAUACGAUAACCAAGAUGAAGCUUUAACACAACAACUCACUCAGCGAAUUAUAACAUUAGAAGCUUGUGUUAAAAUUGCACCAAGCAAUCAGCCUAAUGUUUUCACCGUCGUUACCAAAUCGGGUGUCCAUCACUUCGGUUGUGUCUCUGAAUCCGAGAUGACCAAUUGGAUGAGUGCCUUUCAAUCCGUAGCAUUUAAAGACAACAUUAAAGACAACGCCUCUAGUUUCGAAAUAGAGGAAGACAACGACCUGUACUGCACAAGUGGCGAAGGAAUUUUUUCCGUAAAACUAGUUGAAACCGAUGCCUCGAAACUCUGUGGUCUUGAAUCAAAAAACUACACUUUAGUCGUCGCAGCCGCGGAAAUUAAACUCCUCGAUAAUGAAGUUCUCCUCUACACCUGGCCGUACAGGUACAUUAGAAAAUACGGUUACAAAGACGGAUCUUUUACCUUCGAGGCCGGGAGAAAAUGCGAUUCGGGUGCAGGAUCGUUUCACCUAGAGCACAAAAAUCGCCAGGAAAUUUUCCGAUGCAUCGAGUCGAAAAUGAAGUUCAUGAAGAAAUUGCUCAGUGGUGAAACGAGUCCAAGUAUAGAAUGCAAUGAUGCUCAAUUUCACGCCGCCUUAUCCAUGGAAGCUGGAUCUCGAUCUCCUUUACCGCCAUCUCCAAACUGCUCUGGUCAUCUGAUCGACAUCGAUUUUUCCUCGUCAUCUCAAAAACAUCUGAUCUCUUCGACUUCUAGUGUCGCCUCCACCACCUUGUUCAAACAUCCGCCGCCAAUUCCAAAACAGAAACCGUCAAAGCCACCCCGGAAGGCGAUUCUCACACCCUUGGACAAGAAGUAUCUUGAAAUUGAGUUUCCGGAAGCGUCAACGAGUGGCAAAUACAGAAGGUUACAUUCAAUCGCAACUCCGGAUCACGACAAUUCCAGCAGCACAACUUCCAAGGAUGAGAACAACUCUUAUGAUCUCGUUGAAGUGAGAAGUGAUGCCUGGAGGACUCAUGGAAUUGAUAGGGUUCCACACAUGGAGAGAUUGAAUUCAGGGUCAGGCGAAGCGAAGAAAGAAAAUGAGGAUUCGCAGUACGAAACCGUGACGCCUCUUCCUCUCAGUACUCAGAGUUCAAUCAGAAGUCAGAUAAGUAGAGAACUUCCCACUCCAACUUCACCAAUAAUCCACAAUACCCUCCCAAAUAAAACCGACGAAUCGGACUAUGAUAAGCUCCAGUAUUUUGGAACUAUUCACAAAUCCGAACAUAAUCCUGCAUACAGAACUCCAAAUAUUAAUGUACCUCCCAAAUCAUUGGCACUUCCGCCCCCUGCCGAGGUGAGUCCGAAUCAAAAACUGAGUGACUAUGAUAUAGUCGAUGACAUGUAUGCUGUGAGACUUGCGGAUGACAGUCAUUUAGGGUAUGGAGUAAUUAGGAAAAAAACGACAAACAGUAACGCAGAACCAGAACACAAGGUCUAUAACGACUCUGAAUAUGCGAUUGUCUCAAAACCUAAGAGAGUUUAAAACGCCGUUUUGUCCAAAAACGGUGUCUUCUUAAACCAAUUCCAAUGAUUUAUAUUUUUAUACAGUUUUUCUUUUUAUCAAGUUCGAUUUUCUUUCCUCGUACGAAAGCGAGGGAAUGAAAUAGAAUUGUUAGGAAUCUUUCUAGUUUUAGUUCUUUCCAUGGUUUAUUCUAAGGGAUCGUUUAUAUUUUUAUGAUAUUUUUUUUUAAUUCUUCACGUUGAUUAUUCAUUUUUAAAGGUUUUGCAACUUGAAAUAGCGUUUUUCAAUUUGAACAUUUUGAAUCUUAAUGUAUGGAAUUUAAGGAUGGCGACUUGGCCAGGAAAUGACCAGAAAUUAAAUUUAAAAACCGUGAAUUUACUUCUGAUCGUAGCAAAAUACGAGUUUUCAUUAUUUUAAUAAUUUUGGUCAAUUCAGAAAAGUAACUUCUACUUUAUUUACUUUUGCAGUAUAUAUGAGUGAAAAAUAAUUAUAGUUUAUUUAUUUUAGGACUGGGAAAUAUAAUUUCUCUUGGAACAGGGAAUUUUUGGCUUGGAAGGGGAAUUUUUCAAAAGAAUUAAA